UCGGCGUAGUCGAGGAAGUGUGGGGGGGCGAUUAAUUGAAAGGUUUCAGAUCACUGGCCAGUCUCCCCCAGGACCCCCACACUUGCCCAACCCACCAGGAAAACUUGGCCAUUUUCCAUGCCCUCACGCUCACUCACAAGCUUACAGACACAACCCUUUCUCUCUAUACAUGGUACAGAAAUCUAUGCUUUGCUUUGGAAAUAGAGCAGCAGGAGGGAAAUGAUCAACACCAACUCAUCCUCAUCAUCAGCGAAGCUGCCUCCUCCUACUCAACCGCCGCAAUCGAUGGCCGCAUCAUCAUCUACAACGACCAAGACAUCAACGGCGCCGCCUACCUCUGAUGGCUCAGGCAAGAAGGUGAGGAAGCCCUAUACCAUCACCAAGUCCCGAGAGAGCUGGACCGAAGAAGAGCACGACAAGUUCCUCGAAGCUCUUCAGCGGUUUGAUCGUGACUGGAAAAAGAUCGAAGAUUUUGUGGGUUCGAAGACAGUGAUUCAGAUUCGGAGUCAUGCACAGAAAUACUUUUUGAAGGUCCAAAAGAAUGGGACAACUGCACAUGUGCCUCCUCCUCGUCCUAAGCGUAAAGCUGCUUAUCCUUAUCCACAGAAGGCAUCCAAAAAUGUUUUAGUGCCACUCCCAGCAUCCCUGACUUACCCUUCUUCUGUGAAUACACUUGCACCUGGAUAUGCUCCAUGGGAUGACGCUUCCAUGUUAAUAAAUAUCACAAGCAGCAAAAUCAUGUCAUUGCAAGAUGAAUUUAACAGUCUUCAUGGAGCUGAAGCUGAUAUUGGAUCAAAGGGGAAAGCAUGGAUAAGUAACAAUAAUGUUAGUGGCCUGGGGACCUUAAGUAGAACAUGGCCAAGUUCUGAGAUACCAAAACAAGGGAAACAGGCUCCUGUGCUUCAUGGUUUACCAGAUUUUGCUGAAGUAUAUAGUUUCAUUGGGAGUGUCUUUGAUCCAGACACCACAAGUCAUGUGAAAAAGCUCGAAGAAAUGGACCCUAUAAAUUUUGAAACUGUUUUGUUAUUGAUGAGAAACCUCACAGUUAACUUGUCUAGCCCUGAUUUUGAACCAAUUGGGAAGGUCUUUUCAUCCUGCGACAUUAACACCAGAACGGUGGGAGUAACUGCCAAGAACCAAACCAAUGAUACAUCAAGUUGAAUUUUUGCUACUCGCAACUUGCUGACUAGCGAAUGUUUUAUUCUUACUCUUCUGGUUUUUUUUCCCCAAUGCCAUGCCUCUCUUUACCCUAAUCUCCUAAUAACUUCUCUCUUCACAGUAACCAGGUGAUGUGCACCUAGAAUUUCUUGCCGCUUCACUGCAACAAUUACAAAUGCCCAUCAUUUCCUGCAGUGCAUACCCUCAAAAUUAGAGAACUCAAAGCAGCCAAAGCCAAGAAGUAUCUAAUGGUGGAAGAAAGCUUUCUAUUGAUUUAUAAGAUCUGCAAUUACAUGGAUCUUGAUUUCCACUGAAACCAGUAGGAAUGGUUGACCCUAUUCUAUACAUGAUUGGGCCUUUCAAGCACAAGUGUGUAUAUGUUGCGAGGUUUGCUUGGUGGCUAUUUAAUCGUUCGUUAAUAUAGUUAAUUUCCAUGUGAUGGUGUACUCUUUGCCAAGGUGGUGUAAUUUUGUACCUGAAACUUGCUUUUUUCUUUUUGUCAGUAUAAGGUGUUACCUUUUCUUUA